UUUUUUUUUAUUCAUAAAUGAUCAAUGGUUUUUUUUUACGAUUAUUCGGAAAGUCCAAAAAUAAUAAGAACAGCAAAUUAAAGGCCAUAAAUAAUAAGAAAGCACAAACAAAUAAUAGUAAAAAACAGCCUCAUGCUACCACUACAUCCAAAGCAAACACUGUAGGAGAUAUAGUAAAGUCGACAGAUAAAGCCGUACACAAAGUAGUGAAAUUAUCGAGUGAUAGACUAAUAGAGACUACAGUAAAUAAACCAUCCGAUGCAGAGAUAUCACAUCAUAAUCAACAAGAACAGUUUCAUCUAUCUUUAGACUUGCGAGAAAAAAUUCUUACACCAGAUAACAUUAUCCACGACUUUUCAUCCAAUGAGGAUAUCCAGGAGCAUUUAUCUAACAUAUAUACACAACAGUCAGAUGAAUACCAUACUAUCUCCUCUAUUGCUUCCUCAUCCAAUUUUUCCCUCCAAGACGCACUCUUCUCUCAUCUCUCUAGUACUACCACUCUUGAUUCAUCGUUUACUGUGGCUUCUGAUUUUACUAUCCCUCCUAAAACAGAGGACUAUAAAUUACCAUCUAAUCAUCAUCAACAAUCAUCUGAAUGGUGGGAGCAAUAUCUUUCAAACGCCUAUUUGGAUGCCCUCAAGUCUUUGUCUGAUAAUGAUGUAGUCCAAGCUUAUCGUUUAUUUGAAUGCAUAGCACUUGAGGGACAACAACAUGUGGUAAAUGUUCGCAUCAAGACAUUAGUUGCCUUUGCUCAGUUCAGAACAGGUCUCAUGUUAUGGGAGGUUGGAUCUGAUCCUUAUGAUUAUUGGAAGAUGGCCUCACACAAUGGGAACCUGCGUGCUAUAGUUGGCUUAGGUCAAUUAGCUGAACAAAAUGGACAAUGGGAGGAAGCUCAGCAGCUUUAUUAUCAGGCCAAAAAUCUCAAGUCAGCUAAAGUGGCCUAUGGUAUACUUUUAUUAUUUAAAAUGAAGAAAAAUAGCCAAGAAGCUAUUGAUUUAUUAAUUGAAGCAUCCAAUCAGGGACAUGCUAUUGCAUCAUUUGCAUUAGCUUUCCACUAUAAUCUUCAACUCGAUUUUCAACAAGCUCUUCACUAUUGUAAUCAUAUUAUAGAUAAUUCUCACCCACUCUAUGACGUUGCUCAAUACCAAAGAGGCAUCAUUUACUUACAAACAAAUCAAUUUAAAUUAGCUAUUGAUGCAUUCACUAUAUCCAACAGUUAUCCACCUUCAUUGCGUAAAUUAGGUGUUCUUAAAUUAUUAGGUAUUGGUUGUCAACGAGAUGCCUCCAUAGCCCUUCAAUUACUUACCCAGGCUGCUAAGCUGGGAGACGCUGCAUCCAAAAUCUUAUUAGGACAAAUGUAUCAGACAGGUACAGGUGUUCAACGAGACCUUUCACGUGCCAUGCAAUUCUUCUCCGGUGAUAGUAUCGCUGCUCGCCUUUCAAGGGCUCUCCUAAUAGCCAAUGAAAACCCUUCUCAUGCCUAUCACGAAUUUCAACAUAUCUUAUCUGUUACGGAUGACAAGGAAGAUAUACAUCAUGAAUGUCAACUACGUAUUGCACUUUGGCAAUAUAACGGCAUUGAAGGGGUCAUUGAACGUAACCCUCAGGAGAGCUUCGAGACAAUGAGUUAUCUUUCCAAUAUCGUUCAUUAUCCUGCUGCUCAUUACUGGUUUGCUUGGUUCCUUAUCAUCGACCAACCUGAAAAGGCAUUUGAGGUAUUCAUGAAGGGUGCUCGUCAUGAACGUCCAGAAUGCGAGUAUUGUGUAGGUCUUAUGCUACAGAUCAGAGACGAUCACCCCUCAGCUUUCGAGUUCUUCGUGAGGGCUGCCAACCAUGGGUUCCCCCUGGCCAUGACUCAAGUAGGGGUGUACUAUUAUGUAGGACGUCAUGUCCCAAAGAAUUUGGAUAUAGCCUUCCAAUGGUUCUCAAAGGCUGCCAAGUUACAAGAGCCAAUGGCUAUCCAGUAUAUGGCUGAUUAUUUGAUUAAAGGUCGUGAAUUGGAAAAUAAGGAAGAGAUAAUGCGAGAAUUAUGGAAGACUGCGAAUGAAGAUGACCCAAUCUCAUAUCGUAUGUUGGCACUUGUAACUCAAUCUGGUUUAAAGCUACCUAGAGGUGACGGUGCAUUGGGAGAUCUGUAUGAUGAAAUAUAUCGUCAAGAAGUAAAUGAUGAUUCAAGUUUUCAAUUUAGUUUGCAUUGUUUGUGGAAGGCCAUUUUACUAAAUGAUCAUGCCUCUGGACGAUAUCUUUGUGAAUCCUAUUCACGAAUGAAUCAAGAUAAUAUCCUCAAGACUAUUCAAAUAUUUGAACAAGUUGAGAGUCGAGUUCCUAAUAAAAUGAGCUUGGCAUACGGACAGUUCUUGAAGACAUGUAAACAUAAACGUGCAGCUCUUAACAAAUUUAUCGAAGUUGCCACGUUUAACGCCAUAACCACCAAUGUGGGUUGGAACGCACGUCUUGAGGCUUCUAAAACAGUUUUGAUUGAUGGUUGUGGAAAGAGUCGAGCUAAGCAUUUGAUCUUUACUUGGUUAAAUGAUAUGGUCCAGUUUAAUGGGAAAAAUUUGUUUUACCCUCUAAUCCUGUUAGGGAAAUGUCAUGAUGAAGAGAUUUGUAAAGGAUGUGAUAAACAAUUAGCCAAAGAAUAUUAUGAAAAAAGUCUACAACAUAAAUCAAAGGAUAUUAUUUUGGAACUUGAAACAAGAAUAAAGCUAGUCCGCAUGUACUAUAACAGUUAUGAGGAUGAAAAGUUAAGAGACCAAUUGAAAAUUAUGGAAUCAACCAGUCAUUCUAAAUAUAAAGCAGAAGUUUAUUACUAUUCAGGCUUACUCUCCUUACAUGAUGAGAAUUCUAAAGAAAAGGCAAAAGACUAUUUGAUAAAAUCUCAAGCAUUAAAUAAUAUACUCGCCACCCUUGAGUUAGGUUAUCUUUAUGGGACUUUACCAUCGCAUGAGGAUGAUGCUGAUACAUGUUUUCAACUUGUUGAUCAAAGUAUAGAGACCCCUAUUUCCUUUAAAAAUCGGUUAACUGAAUCAAUGGUUCAAAUGCGUCCUCAUAAUUAUCCUGAUGAAUUUGAUAAGAUGAAACUGGCUGCUGGUAUCACCUAUAGCAACUACGGUAUGGAACGCCAAGCUAUGAACUGGCUACGCGAACUCCCUAAUCACCCCUCAGCACAAAUAAUGAUUCUUUAUUAUCAAAUGAAACCAUCACAGCUUGAAGAGUUGAUAGAACUUGUUCAAAAGUUAUCUAAUCAUAGCUUAGACUUUUAUGGUCGCAUGGCAGUCGGCUAUGGUCAGUUCCGGAUCUCUCAACACUUGAAUAAUGCUGACUACGCGUUAGAGGCCUGUCAAACGUUAAAAACAUUGGAAUCCUAUGACCAUCUCUCCAAGUUAGUUCAAAACACCUCCCUUGACCUCUUCCCGCUCCUUUACAACGUAGCCCGUAAUGAUACACGCGCUAUUUACCGACUCGCUCAGUAUUAUCAUCAACAUGAGGGACUUACAAAACAAACAGCUGAUAAUUAUCUCAAAUCAAAGGAUGUCCCCGACGCUUGUUAUCAGUACGCUAAAUACCGCAUACGACUGACGCAGUUACAGUUGAAUGGCGCUAGACAUUGCUAUCGGGCUGCUUAUUAUCUGCGUCAAGCAGCGGAUGCUAACCAUGCUGAAGCUUAUCUUGAGUUGGCACAAUUAGAGCUAGCUACAGGACUCUAUGAGGAAGGUUUAGAGGAUUUGAGAGAGGCUGAUUUUUUAGAGUGCCCUGAGGCAAGCUAUCGUUUAGGUGAGAUCUAUCGUUUAGGAUUUCGAGGACGUAUAGGGGACCAAGUAAUGGUUCGGAUAGUACCCAAUUUAGAGAUAGCACGGCAAUAUUAUGAAAGAGCAUCAACAAAAUUAGGAAGGGCACUGGUGAGAUUAGGUGAUUUAGAACAGUCUCGUGAGUAUUAUGAAAGAGCUGUCGGUAGAAGCGAUGGAGAAGCCGAAUAUGCAUUAGGAUGUCUUGAUAAUUCAAUUGAAUGGUUUGAACGAUCUGCGAAAGCUGGUUAUCAACCAGCUAAAUACAAGUUAGGGUCCUAUUAUUUGCAACAUCAUGAUAUUGAAAAGGGUCUUGCUAUUUUGGAAGAGGAGGCACAAAAUGGGAAUGUGUCUGCGAUUAAAGAACUCGCUAGAUACUUUGAAAAAAACUGUGAUAUACAACGAAGUUUUGGAUAUUGGCGUCGUGCAGAGUUACUGAAUGAUCCAGAAGCGCUUGAUUAUAUUGCUGAUUGCUUUGAAAGGGGACACUUGGGACAAGCUGUUAGUUUAGAAGAUGCUAAACUUUAUAGGCAGCGUGCAAUUGAGGCACGAGAAGAGGUGCCAGAAAUACAACAAAGCAUGAUGGGAUUUAAGUCUGAUUAUUCUGAAGAAAGAUAAAAAAAAAACAAAACAAAAAAUUACAUACACUCCUUUUUAUAUUACAUUUGAUCUGUAUAAUUAUUAUUAUUAUUAUUAUUACUAUUAUUUUUACUAUAUCCAUUAUUUAUAUAUGUCUUAUACAUUAAUUAUUUUAUGCCUAUAAUAUAUUAUGCCAUUUAUUAUACACACACACACAC